AUGGGACCUUUCAAACUACCUGCAAAUGAAUUCAUCCAUCUUUCUCUCUUCGCCUUGCGAUCUAAGGCCAAAGUCUCGAACCAAGUCAAUCUGGUUGAGGAGCUAUCCAACCAAGUUGUUUUGGUCGUCCACUCUUUGAGUCAGCUGGUCAACUCUAAGACUGAAAUCUUCUUGACUCAUGGAUCAGGAAGAGAGAAUUGCUUAGAGCCCAAUUGCAUAUGGGCUAGGGUUUCACUAGAGGUGUACACGGGAGUGUACGUUGAGUCGUGA